AUGGCAGCCUCCUGCAUCAGGUGCAGCGGCAGCUUCUUCGGUAGUAGCCUCCACUGCCACAUCAGGUGCAGCGGCAGCUUCUUCGGUAGUAGCCUCCACUGCCAUAUCUGGUGCAGCAGCAGAUUCUUCAGUAGCAACCUUCAAAGCAGCAGCCUCUGCCACAUCUACCUCUCUGCCGCAGUGAGCCUCCCUCCUCCCCCACGGCCUCAGGGCGGCAACCUCCUCAGGCCCCCGCGACGCCUCAGGGCGGCAACCUCCUCAGGCGCAACCUCCUCAAAGCCCGCAGGCCUCAGAAGCGGCAACCUCCUCCCCUCAGCCCACGGCCUCAGGCGGCAACCUCCUCAGCCCGCGGCCUCAGGGGCGACAACCUCCUCAGCAGCCCACGGCCUCCCAGGGGCCGGCAACCUCCUCAGAACCCACGGCCUCAGGGCGCAACCUCCUCCAGCCCCACACGGCCUCAGGGGCGGCAACCUCCUCAGCGGCCACGGCCUCAGGGGCGGCAACCUCCUCAGCGGCCACGGCCUCCUCCUCAAGCCUCCCCCCACGGCCUCCAGGGGCGGCAACCUCCUCAGCCACCCCUGGCCUCAGGGGCAACCUCCUCAAGCGACCCCGGCCUCAGGGCAGCAACCUCCUCGGGGACGGCCUCAGGCCUCCUCCAGCCCCACCUCCUCCCGCAACCUCCUCCACCUCCCAGCCCACAGCCUCAGGCAGCAACCUCCUCAGUGGCCACGGCCUCAGGGCGGCAACCUCCUCCCUCAGUGA